AUGUGGGCUGAUUUCAUGAAAAAGGCCGAACCAACAACUCUUAAAACGUCGAUUAAUUCUCAUACAACAACAAUGAAUGCAUCGAAAUGCAAUAAAUGGAAACAAAAUGCUAUCACUGUAGCUGGUAGAAAUGGAAAAGGACAUAAAUUAAAUCAACUCAAUAGUCCUUCUGGAAUAUUUAUUGAUAAAAAGAAAAAUAUUUUCAUUGCUGAUUUUUGGAAUGAUCGAAUCGUUGAAUGGAAACAUAAUGCAAGAGAAGGACAAUUCGUUGCUGGUGAAAACAGGGAAAGAGAUCGGAUGGAUCAAUUGUAUGGUCCAACAGAUAUAAUUGUUGAUCAACAAAAUCAUUCGAUCAUCAUUGCUGACCCAGGGAACAGACGAGUAGUUCGAUGGUUGAAUCAAAAACGAGAAACUCUUAUUAAGAAUAUUGACUGCCGUGGCUUGGCAAUAGAUAAACAUGGAUUUCUUUAUGUUUCUGAUUGGUGGAAAGAUGAAGUGAGACGAUGGAAAUUCGGAGAAUAUGACAAAGAAGGAAUUGUAGUGGCAGGUGGAAAUGGGCACGGAGAUCAACUUAAUCAACUCAAUUAUCCUACUUUUAUAUUUGUUGACGAACAUCAAUCUGUUUAUGUAUCAGAUUAUAACAAUUGUCGUGUGAUGAAAUGGAGAAAAGGUGCAAAAGAAGGAAAAAUUGUGGCUGGAGGAAAUCGCAAUGAAUUAUCUCAACCUGAAGGAGUAAUUGUUGAUCAUUUAGGUCAAAUCUACGUGGCAGAUAGUAAGAAUCAUCGAGUAAUGCGUUGGUGUGAAGGACAAGAAGAAGGUGAAAUAGUUGUUGGUGGAAAUGGAAAAGGAAUUCAAUCAAAUCAAUUAAAUAGUCCCAAUGGUUUAUCUUUUGAUGAUGAAGGAAAUCUUUAUGUUGCUGAUUUUGAAAAUCAUCGAGUUGCAAAAUUUGAUAUAAUUUUGUGA